AUGGCGGGGGCUCCAGCCUACUCGAUGAUGAUCGAUCCCAAGCCGCAUUCGCGGGCUCCGCCUCCCCCAAGUCCCGGCUUCAAAAUGACAACCGGAGACGUCGGAAUUCUUAAGUCCACCCUUCUACCUUCGUUUAGCCUUUAUUCUGGCUUAUCAGUUGCAGCAUAUGCUGUCGCACAAUCGACCGACCGUCUCGAAAUCAAAGACUGGCUCUGGCCAUCCGCGCAAGUCCUCAAUGCAUGGUUGACUGCCAUAGGUCGGCCGAUGUACGAAACCGGAAUUACAUUCCCUGAUGCUUGGAGGGGUCUUACCUGGUCUGAAAAGCUGCUUAUCAGUGGCGUGACCGUCUGGGGCACUCGGCUGUUCGCUCGCAUAGUGAGCCGGUCUUUGGCUCGUGGGAAGGAUGAUCCGCGAUAUGAGGCGCAGAAGAAAGAAAAAGGGUUCUGGAAGACUGCUCUCUUCAAGAUCUUCCUCCCUGAAGCCGCAUUUUUGAGUUUCAUCUCCUUGCCUAUCACGGUGCCAUACUCCAUGGGUGAUACUACGCUCUCGGUCAGCACCAACACGCUUAGCACAGUUCGCGCAUUGGGUGUUGGACUGUUCAGCGCUGGAUUCGCGCUCGAGAUAAUGGCUGAUACUCAGCUUGAGCUCCAUCUCAACGAGCGAGAAGAUCUAUGCCGAUAUGGUGUCUGGAGCCUUGUCCGACAUCCUAACUAUUUGGGAGACACACUGGUCCAUAUAUCAUUCCUUCUCAUGAACAUCACCGACUCUUUCAAUCCAAUUGUUCUACUUGGCCCACUUGCCAACUAUCUUUUCCUUCGCUUGGUGGGUGGCGACAAGAAAACCGAGGAGAGCCAAGAGAAGCGCUACCAACAGCAGGAUACUCACAAGUACGAGCAACUGUGUAACUGGCGGGGAGAAAAGAACAGCUUCUGGCCUUCGUUGAAAGACCUGACCAACCCCUGGGCUUUGGCAGUUGUGGGAUGCGGUUUGAUUGGGGUUGUUGCAGAAGAAAUUGUGCGGAGUAGUCUCACCAUGCGAUAG